GUUUCUAUUGUAUGUGAAAAAAAUGAUUAUCGUAAUGUUUACAACUUUUCUAUUGCAAAUAUUUGUUUACUUAUUAUUUCUAUGAUUACACGUAUGACUAAGAAAUACAUCCCGUGAAGGUAAUUUGUUUGUAGCCGCGGUAUAAACAACGACAAUAACAUGUUUACAUGCACAAAUGUAGACACAUAGGUAACACAAUUUGUAUUCUUUUCAAAGCAUUGAACCACGGGACUGUUAAAUUCGUAUAUACCUAGCAACGAUCUUCGUUGGUCCGAUAGCAUCGUAUGAUUUUGUUUACAAACUAAGCCCUCCUAAAUGCGUUGGAAGCUCUCGUUUAUAUAAGUAGAAUCCAACGCUGUGAACUCAGUUUAAAAUCAGUGCGGUAACAAAUAACCUACUUACUAUAUUCGACUGUUUAAAGAAUUACAAGACGGUUAUAAUUAACAUUGAACGAAGAAAAUUAUGUUCGCAUUGUCGAAAUAUUUCGUCUAAAAUCGUUUCUAUGCUAAAAAUUUAGUGUACGUAUACAUUUUAAAACGCGUAGGAAGCUUUAUUCAAUUAUCUACAUAUUACCUGAUAACGGAUAUUCAAUACGCUAAAAGUAUCAGUGUUCAAAAUCUUAUUCCACUUUUCCUCGUAUCGAAAAACUAAAGGGCUGAAGGAAUGACACGGAGUACAAACAUAAGACAUUAUCGAAGAUUUAUCCUUCUUAUAAGACAAUUGACAAAUAGUGCGGCAGAUAAAAACAGUGGUGAAAACAUUAAUAAAAAUAAAUUGUUUGGCCAAUUAAAUGUUUUAUGGAAAACAAAAAUGUCGAUGCAGAAUUAUUCAAAACUUGUAGCACAACUAAAAGAUUACUUACACAAAUCUGGUUAUGAUAGAAAUCUACAAGUUGUUCUAUCCAAAGAUUGGAUAGACUUUUUACAAAAAUUAACAUACACGCAAAUUAAUGUUUUCAAGAAGUUAUCGCCUAUCGAGUUUACAAAGAGUACAAGCAAUAGUAAAUUAUCACAUGUGGAUAAAUGUGACACAAAUACGCAAGUGAAAAGUAACAAAAGUUUGUUAGAGACUCAUCAAGGAGAGACAUUUAGGGAACAAAAGGCACAUCAGCCAAUUUAUGAUGCAACUGUAAGCGAACCAAAAGUGCAAAUCAAAGAACCGUCUAGUCUAUCGCAAAUACUUGGUAGUUUAAUUGUUAAAUUAACCAGUAAAAGUAGUACAGCUACCUUAGUCAUUCCACCAAAAUGGAAAGUAAAUAUUCAUAAAGAUAUACCAAAGCACAGUAUUCAAUCACGAACACGCCAUGUUUUAAAUAGUAUUACAACUGCUGAAUCGAGUACCUCAAGGUGGAGGAGAAUUGAAGAUUUAUUGACUCACAUAGAUCAAUAUCCGGAAGCUAGGCAUUAUGCGAUUAAAGAGGGUGCAAUUAGAAUAUUGCUCAAAAUAAAACGGAAAACUAAAAAUGAAGAAAUAAAUGCAUCCAUAAGAGAAGCACUAGCAGUAUUGGGUUAUGUUGAUCCAUUGCCUGGCAGAGGAAUCAGAAUUCUUUCUAUCGAUGGAGGUGGUGUACGUGGAGUAUUAGUUGUAGAAAUGUUGAAAAAGCUCGAAGAACUGACAGGGAAAAAAACACAUGAAAUGUUUGAUUAUAUAUGUGGUGUGAGCACAGGAGCUAUUCUUGCUGCUACUUUAGUUAUUCCGAAAGAUUCUAACACAGGUGGACAUAAACGGAAAUCGUUACAUGAAAUAUCAGAAUUGUAUAGAGAAUUGAGUACUAAAGUGUUCACUCAAAGUGCUAUAAAAGGCACAAGCAACUUAGUAUGGAGUCAUGCAUACUAUGAUACACCGCUCUGGGAAAAACUAUUGCAAGAACAUUUGGGUGAUAGGGUUCUCAUAAAAACUGCUCGUGAUUUAAACGCUCCAAAGUUUUCAGCCAUAUCUGCUGUAGUAAAUCAUGCACGUGUGAUGGCUUAUGUGUUUCGAAAUUAUACUUUGCCUCACAGAGUAGAAAGUCAAUAUAUAGGAUCUCAUAAGCAUAAACUGUGGGAAGCUGUAAGAGCAUCGGCAGCAGCUCCUAGUUAUUUUGAAGAAUUUAAACAUGGUGAAUGUCUUCAUCAAGAUGGAGGUAUACUAGUAAAUAAUCCAUGUGCAGUUGCAUUACAUGAAGCUAAGCAGUUAUGGCCAAAUAAUCCAAUUCAGUGUGUAAUUUCGUUUGGAACUGGACGAACACCGAAUCGAAUUUGUGAAAACAACGAAUCGACAGAAUUAGCGAUUUCUAGUUGGAAAGAAAAAUUUUAUAAAAUUUUGGACAGUGCAACAGAUACGGAAGCUGUACAUACAAUGCUGAAUGACUUACUACCUGAACAUGUUUAUUUCCGCUUUAAUCCGUAUUUAACGGAAAUGUUGUCUAUGGUAGAGAUACGACCAGAAAAGAUCACUCAAUUGGAACAAGACGCAAAAAUGUAUAUACGUAGAAAUGAAGAGAAAUUCCAGAAAGCUGCUAAAGUUUUGUUAGAGAGGAGACAAAUCCAGCAAAAAGUUAUGGACUGGAUUGUGUUACAGAAAAAAAUAUCAGGUCUAUGAAUCUAUAUCUUGCAUAGAUUUGCAUGCAUUCCAUAACUUAUGCAAAAGGACAUUAAAAGUUAUGAAAGCACUAAGUACAAAUCACAUAUAGCCUAUAAUGUUUUUCUUUCUUAAUAAUAAAUUAUUUUAAUAUUUUUAUUUUAUGUCACACUUUCAUAAUGAAAGAUUGUAAAAAGUUUUAUAUAUAACUAUAUGUCUAUAAUGUGCUUUUACACAUAUAUGUAAACAAUCAUUUUUUUAAACAAUCUUAAACAAUUCUCUAAUGUAAUUGUAAUUUAUUAGAUACAAUUUUCAUAUAAAUAAUUAGUUUGAUAAGUAAAUAAGUGAAUUUCUUACUGUGAUUUAUGUAUGCAUACUAACAUACAUAUGUAUAUACCAUAUACUUAUAUAUAUGUAUACGUAUGUACUUAUGUAUGUUAUAUGUGUGACAUAAGAUGCGGACACGUUAUUUUGAUAUCACAGUAGAUACAAAGGUGAGUUUUUUGUUACGUGAUGACAUAUGAAGUAUUAUUAGUCAAUAAAAACUUGUGUUAUUUAUA